UUCUUAAGAUUAAGCUAAAUACAAACAGAUCGAAGGAAAUGUUGAUGAUAACAAUGAAGAGAAACCUACCAUCAUCACAGUGAGAAUAUUGCCAUGGAUGAAGUUCUUGCUCCAAUGAUGGCCUCCACAGGCCUCUUGCCAACUGGGGCUUUGCUAGAGUCAUUGGUUCAUCUAGCCGAUGAACUUGCUUCCAUGGAAAAGCUUCCUUCUGUGCAGGUUAGAAACAUAUCGACCAUGAUAAGAAGGAUCAAGCUUCUUUCUUCUUUGUUUGAGGAGAUUCAAGAAACAAACAGACAGCUGCUUCCACCCUCUUCAAUCCUGUGUCUCACUGAGCUUUUCUCUGUGAUUCGGAGAGUUAAGUCUUUGAUUCAAGGGUGUAAGGAUGGCAGCUGUCUGUGGGCGCUUAUACAGACGGAAAUCCUUUCCAAUCAGUUUUAUGUUCUGGUGAAGGAGAUGGGGAGGGUUCUUGACAUUCUGCCUCUAAGCUUGCUUAAUAUAACAGCUGAUACAAGAGAGCAAGUCGAGCUUCUUCACAAGCAGGCGAAGAGGGUGGAUUUGUUUAUUGACCCUCGAGAGCUUCAAAGAAGACAAGAGCUUCUACAAGUAAUGGCCAACGAGAAGAAUAGAAAUAGCAAGAGCAAGGGCUUCAUUGAUUCUGGAGAAGUGAAAGAGAUUUUCAGCUGUCUUGGUUUGAGAAGCCCAGUUGAAUACGAAGAGGAAAUUUCAAAGCUAGAGAUUGAAGCACAGAAGCAGGCAGGAACGGGUGGUCUAAUCGCCGUAUCCAAUAUAGACAAUCUCAUAUCCCUCAUUUCAUAUUCCAAAUCCAUUGUUUUCAAUGAUGUAGAAAGUGAGAGAACAAAAAAGGAGUACCAUAAGCAGCGGUCUUUAUCCGUAGGUAGGAGGAAUAUUGAUCAUGAUACUUCGUCUUCUCAAACUGUUGUUCCCAAUAUUCCUGACGAAUUUCGUUGCCCGAUUUCACUAGACUUGAUGAGAGACCCUGUGAUUGUAGCAUCAGGGCACACAUAUGAUCGAAAUUCGAUUGCCCAGUGGAUUAAUUCCGGGCAUUAUACCUGCCCAAAAAGCGGGCAAACGCUACUCCACAUGGCCCUUGUGCCUAAUUAUGCACUGAAGAGCCUCAUGCAACAAUGGUCCGAGGAGAACAACAUCCCUUUAGUUGAAGAUAGGGCAUCGUCUUUCUCAAACGACAGCAAAGGAAAACUAGACGAGAAUGCUGUCGAUCACAUUUCUGCUGCCAAAGCGAGUGUCGAUGCUGUCAAAUUGACAGCUGAGUUUCUCGUGGGGAAACUGGCAACUGGUUCGGUGGAAAUCCAGACGCAGGCAGCUUAUGAGCUUCGGUUACUUGCUAAAACUAGCAUGGAUAACCGCAGGGUGAUUGCCGAGGCAGGAGCUAUUCCAUUUCUAGUGACAUUACUAAGCUCCCAUGAUCCCAGAAUUCAAGAAAAUGCUGUCACCGCUUUGCUCAACCUUUCCAUCUAUGACAACAAUAAGAUACUGAUAAUGGCAGCCGGAGCAGUCGACAGCGUAAUAGGUGUUUUGGAGUCGGGCAAAACAAUGGAGGCAAGAGAAAAUGCUGCCGCUGCUAUCUUCAGCAUGUCGAUGAAAGAUGAUUGCAAGGUGGCCAUUGGCGCCCGUCCAAGAGCCAUUCCAGCCUUGGUUGGGCUCCUGAGAGAAGGCACUGCUGCUGGGAAAAGAGAUGCUGCAACGGCACUCUUUAACCUUGCAGUGUAUAACGCUAACAAAGCCAUUGUUGUGGUUGCCGGGGCGGUUCCUGUUCUUGUUGACUUGCUGAUGGAUGACAAGGCAGGCGUAACAGAUGAUGCCUUAUCAGUGCUUGCUCUACUUUUGGGAUGCUCUGAAGGGUUGGAGGAGAUAAGGAAGAGUAGAGUUCUGGUGCCGCUUCUUACUGAUCUUCUCAGAUUUGGAUCUCCCAAAGGUAAAGAGAACUCUAUAGCUCUUCUUCUGGGGCUGUGCAAAGAUGGAGGCGAGGAGGUAGCAAGACGUCUGCUAUUAAACCCACGAAGCAUUCCUUCUCUUCAGAGUUUGGCUGCUAAUGGGUCUCUGAGAGCUAGAAGAAAGGCCGAUGCACUGCUUAGAAUACUCAAUAGGUGUUGCUCUCAGUCUCACAAUCCUGUUGGAUAAAUUAAAGGGUCGUGUACAUUUUGUGGGAAUCACAUAAAUGAGUUUGUCAUUUGUUGUUCAAUUCGAUACUGCAAUUGUGUAUCUCAAUGAUGUUGUCUGUUUUAAAAACGUCUCAGGCUGUAGCCUGUAGCCAAAGUGUUACUGCUAUCUGUUCCUCUUUAAUAGGGGAGACUUUUAGUUCAUCACAUGGUAAGAGGGAUCUGGAAAAAUAAGGUUA